CGCAGCUGAUUUAUUCAAUGAUCUGUGCGGGGAUUGUUUACGAAGACGAAUUUUAAUUUCAGUCCAUUCUUUUCUGCCGUGUUCAAGUUCACAACUACCAUGUCAUUACUGCGUAGAAUAGUGAGAAGCAGCGCGACGAAAAACAUCGGCGUUCUUGUUGGAAUGUACUCAGCAGCUGAGCUGACGCAGCAGACGACAACACAACGAUACGAUAUAAGCAAAAUUUCACGCGUUGGAACAACAUGUGUGCUAUGGAACGGACCAAUCAACCAUAUGUGGUACAAAUUUCUGGACGGUGCAUUUAAAGGUGUUACAACACGGAUUGUGUUAACUAAAACAGCUCUGGAUAUUCUCGUGUUCACGCCUGUUAGUAUUGCUGGAUUUUAUUUAGGAAUGAGUAUAGUGGAACGACAGAAGAAUAUCUUUUCCGAAGUUCGACUCAAAUUCUGGCCAACUUAUUCCAUUGGGUUCGCUUUCUGGGCGACGGCGCAGGCUGUAAAUUUUCACGUGGUACCACCCAAGUACAGAGUCGUUUAUGUCAGCAUAGUUGCAUUCGUCUGGGCCAAUAUUAUUUGCCACAUGAAGCAAAAGAACGAGCCUCUGCCAUCUACCACGUGACCUGACUAUAUUGAGUGUACAACCUGAGAGACGUGCGUUGUUUUGCAAUGAACCUAGUGGAUACAUAGAAGAAAGCACGGUUUGAAUAAACAUACAUUGCAACCACCCCAACACGUUGCCAUGCGCCUGUUACGUAUUUUGAUUCCAACACCGUCGUCCGGCGUCAGUUUCAGCCGAUCUAUAUAUAUAAAUGGGCUAUCAUUUCAUGUGUUUAUGUAAUAAUAUUUACAAACAAAGUGAUGUUAUGUCCGGUAUCUAUUUAUAAAUACAGAUUUUUCAUA